AACUCUAGAGGUUGCUGGUUGUUCCCAAUUUACAGACAAUGGUUUCCAGGCAUUAGCCAGGAAUUGUCACCGACUAGAACGCAUGGACCUUGAAGAAUGUGUUUUAAUUACAGAUUCAACACUUGCUCAUUUGGCAAUAGGUUGUCCUGUUCUUCAAAAACUUAGUUUAUCACACUGUGAGUUAAUAACAGAUGAAGGAAUCCGUCAUUUAGGAACCAGUGCAUGUGCAACAGAACACCUUCAAGUCAUAGAAUUAGACAAUUGUCCUUUGAUAACAGAUGCAUCAUUAGAACACUUGAUGGGAUGUCAGUGUUUACUUCGUAUUGAACUUUAUGAUUGUCAGUUGAUUACAAGAGCUGGCAUUAGAAGAUUACGAACCCAGCUGCCAGACAUCAAAGUACAUGCCUAUUUUGCACCAGUCACACCACCACCAUCAGUUGGCGGUGGUCGUCAACGAUACUGUCGGUGUUGUGUCAUAUUGUAAAUAUUUAACUGUCAACAUUGUGUAUAUUUGCAUGAAGACAGUUGUCAUGGUGAUGCCAUAUCAAUGAUAUUUCAUCUCUUAGAUACGCAAGACUUUUUAAAAUUAUGACUAUUUUUAACCUUUGGAAUGCAAACUUUUAUACAACUGCUGCAUUUCUGAUAUAUGUGUUAAGGUGUUUACUUCACUGUGCUGCUGCCAUGACGGAUAAGUGUUCACGUGUUUACU